UUACAAUUGAUACAUAAGCAGUAAUCUUCCGAUUCCUAAAACGCACAUGUUCUAAGUGAAAUUAUUAAAAAAUAAUUAAAAUGUUACGCCAGGACAGUCCAAUUUACUUUCAGUGAAAUCUGCAGAGGAUGUGGUGAUAUCUAGAAUUCAUACGACAGCCCCUACUGGAGUAUCGCUUCGAAUUUUUCGUUUUCAUGGAAUUGUUCCUGAAAGGGCUGGCCUUGUUUAUUGUGGUUUCACGGUGGGGGUUGGGUUCUUGGAAAUAUUGGCACUGAAAAUUCGUUUGCUACUCACAUGUGCGAACAAGCCAACUGUGUUGUUGUUAGCGUUGAUUACCGAAUAGGGCCCAAAACCCCAUUUCCUGCUUGCAUAGAUGACGGUUGGGAAUCUCUACUAUAUUGUUAUGAAAAUGCUGAUGCCAUUGGGAUCAAUAUAAAAAAAUUGGCCAUCGGAGGCUCGUCUCCUGGGGGUAACAUUUCUUCUAUCCUGUGUCAUAAAAUUGGAAGCAUCUCAAGUUAUUUUUCCACCUCCUGUUCUCCAACUCUUGAUCGUCCCUGUUUGCGCUAAUACAGCUAAUACUCAUCUAUCUUGGAGGAUAUUUAAGAAUAGUCCUCAAUUACCAGCAGAAAAAUUGACGUGGUAUAAAAUAGUUAUAGUUCAUUUCUUAAUCUGGAAAAUCAAUAACCUUCAUGUUAACAUAAUCUAUACCUCCAUUUUUAUUGAAACCUUGUUAUCUAACAAAAUCCCUGG